UAAAUGGGUGUAAGGAGUUAGUGAGGCAGUUGUUAGCGACUGUGCCUGAGAAUGUAUAUGAAAUCAUAAAUUUUAAGCGUAAGGAGAAAAUGCAAUGGAACAAUGAAAGGUUAAUGUGGAACGACAUUUUAGAAAUAGUAGAGGAUUAUCAGUUAGAUAGGUGCAUGAAAGAGAGUAGAAGUGUUAGCGUUAGGACUGAAGUAGCUGAGGGUAUACCGGAGUGUAAGAGAUAUAGGGAGGCAGUUUUAGAAGGGCAGAUGCAAAUGGCAGAGUGAGCGCUUGAUAGGAGCAUUAGAGCAAGUAAUGUAAAAUUGGGACCAGAGCUGGAAGGUGUAGACGAGGUAGUGAAUGAGAUUUGGGAGGGAAGUAGUGAGGUAGAUGAUGGGAAUCUGAAUGAAAGUGGUUUGGAGGAAGUGACUGGCAAUGUAAUUGAGAGAUUGUAUGAGGGUCCUCAAACGAGAUCCAGGGGCCUAAAUCUGGGCAUCCUUGGUGUUGUGAAAGACGAUUUGGUCUGGAUGUUGCGAGUGUUAAGGAGAUGUUGUCAAAUGUAAUGGGGGAGGUAAAACGGAGGAAUAAGAUAGUAAUUUAAAUUUGACAACAUAUUCGAGGGUUGAGAGAGAGAGAGAGAGAGGGGGGCUCGUUAGGUUGUUUGUAUGAAUGGAUAGUUAACAAGCGAAUUGCUCGUUCGGCGAGCGGUUGUUGUAUGUUGGGUCGGUUGUGGGUUCAGCCUGUAUUUUUGAGUCGGUCUGAGAUCAGAGCUUGGGAUGGCCAGAUAUAGUUAGCAGCCGUCUUGGAAGAAUUUCUUGAUGAACUGAGGGCCCAGUUUCCAAUGGAUGGCAUCCUAAGAAGUCCCAGAGAUGAGACGAACCUCCGGUACUUUUAGAGUCUUCCUGCUUUGUGUCCUUGGAGUUAUUUGUGUAAACAAGGUGAGAGACUUGGAGCUGACAAUAAACGCAUGUGACCCAAAAGUCAGGCUAAAGGGUCCUUUGGAGCUGGACAGUGUAAAGGUGCUGGAAACAAUCCAGUUAAGCUACCUCACACCGCCAUCAGAUCUGCCACUAAACCUCACACAUCAGAACGACUUCAGAUACACCCAGAACCAAUACGAGUUCGGCUGGGAGUUCAUCCAUUUCUACAACAGGCAGUUCUUCAGCGAACAGCACAAGCCCGGGUUCUUCAUAGAAGCUGGUGCCCUAGAUGGGGAAUUUAUGUCCAACACCCUCUGGCUGGAACUGCAUCUGGGCUGGACUGGGCUCUUAAUCGAGCCAGAUCCAGUGAAUUUCAAGUACCUGGUCUGGAAGAGGAGGAAGGCGUGGCUCUCAAACACCUGCGUUUCUGAGAAGGAGUACCCGAAAGAGGCGGUUUUCGAGACUCUGCAGCAGAGGUCAGAGUCCUACGCCGUGCCGUGGCUCUACCGAGCAAACUCCAGGAGGACUGGAACCUUUCUGACCAGUCUGGAAGGGGACUUUUCGGACUUUUCAGCGGUUGCUUAUUCGACGGUCCAGUGCUUUCCAUUGGCAAGUUACCUCUUGGCCUUGAACGUGUCCUCAGUGGAUUACCUGUCCCUCGAUGUCCAGGGGAACGAAUGGGACAUCCUGAAGAACAUUCCCUGGAAUAGGAUAGCCAUCAGGGUCCUCGCUGUAGAACACUAUCACCACGACGCGAAAACCAUCGGGGAAAGAAACCAAGUGGACGAAGAUUUUGUAAAUUACAUGGAAAACGUUAAUUAUCUUCUUAUAGACAAUGACGACGAAGCUAACUACAUAUUCGUUUCGAAAGACGACGCCAUUGUUAAAAAGAACAUAAUCAAAUAUAAGGAUAGGUAUAAAAAUGUUCAGAAAUCAUUACUUAAGGAUGCAGACAUCAGCAAAAACGUGUAAUUUGGUGUCUAGCAUCAAAGAUACUAAACUGUUAUUAGGUAAAAAUGAUGUUGAAUGAGAAAUGGACUAUGUAAACAUUUCUCUUCCCUUUUCUAGUAUGUUGUAGUAGUCAAAUAAAAGUUAAAUUGAUUAUCCAUGAUAAUUGUGAGGUCUCUUGGCCCUUAUUAUGACGUUACGUGUUGUAUUUAUAAUUCAAGCAUAUUGUAUAUUGCAGCCAACAGAUGAGUGUAUAUUCCCUAAUGACUAUAUAAGUUUACAGUAUUGACUAUAGAUUUACUCAAAUAAUUAAUCAUUUAAAGACAUUUCUGUAUAUAAGUCUGUGAACCAGAAUGUGGCGAGACAUAUAAUCUGCCUCUUAGUGCUAUUUGCUUUUAUAAAAUUUGUUCAGAGGAAGAUGUACCCAAACAAAUUUGAAAAUAAAUAACCUCCAAGCCCAAGGUGAAUUAUUUGAAAACAACAUAAAGUUGAUGUAGGUACCAGAACAGAUGUGAAAAUAAAUAACUUUUAAGCCAAAGGAAAUAAUUUAAAAACAACAAAGUUCCUGUUGGCGGUCUGAAAGCAUCCAAGGACAACAUAGUUUCCGUAGUCUUUUAUCAUGCUUGGUGACGUCAGGAAAGUUAGAAAACUACAAGUCACUGAAGUCAGUCCACUGCAGUGUUGCAGAAGUGCGGAAUUUUCGUUUGCUAUGCGGAAUAAAAAGUCUACGGGGCAAUUAUCCAAGUUUGUAUGCCGAUGCGGAUUCCACAUCUGCAUUUUCCGCAGCAGUUUCUUCAUGGCGCAUUCAUAUAAAUUUAUCAUAUAAAAAUGGCAAUAUUUUUU